AUGAAGACCACCUUCCUUCUGCCUUUGGUUAUCGUCCUUCUGUUGCCAGGUAAGAUGUUUGGGGACUACCUGUCUUCAGCCUACAGGUGGGAGAGCAGGAAACAUCAACCCUGUGGGGUGGGAGGAAUUCUUGGCUGUUUUAAUUGCAUAGUCCGAGAAAUAUAUUCAUAGAGUUGGAAAGGAGCCACAAGAGUCAUCUAAGUCCAGCCCACAGCAAUGCUGAAGCCACAGCUAAAGAAUCUCUGACAGGUGGCCAUCCAAGCUCUGUUUAUAAACCUUCACUGAAGGGGAGUCCACAACAUUCUGAGGGAGUCUGUUCCACUGCAGAACAGCUCUUACCAUCAGAAAGUUCUUUCUAAUGCUCCACCAGAAUUUCCUUUCUUGUAACUUGAAGCCAUUGGUUUGAGUCCUACCACCCAGGGCAGGAGAAAGCAAGCUUGCUCCAUUUCCCAUGGGACAGCCCUUUAGAGAUUUGGACAGCAUAUUGCUUCUCAGACUUAUCUUCUCCAGGCUAAACAUACCCAACUCCCUCAACCCUUCCUCAUAUAACGGCCUCAGCGCAGUAUAACUGAAGUAGCAUCUCCACCCCCAUCGUUCUGCCCAGGCGCUGAGGUCCAGCGCCGAGGCCUUCUGAAAGUUCCCUCAUUGAAAGAAGCAAAGCUACAGGGAACCAGGCAGAGGGCCUUCUCAGUAGUGGAGCCCGCCCUGUGGAACACCCUCCACACAGAUGUCAAAGAGAUAAACAACUACCUAACAUUUAGAAGACAUCUGAAGGCAGCCCUGUUCAGGGAAGCGUGACAUUCUAAUGUAUUUUUAAUCUUUGUUGGAAGCCGCCCAGAGUGGCUGGGGAAACCCAGCCAGAUGGGCGAGGUACGAAUAAUAAAUUAUUAUUAUUAUUAUUAUUAUUAUUAUUAUUAUUAUUAGGCCUGGUUUCCAGGCUGAACUAGAUGGUCUAGAUAAGCCGUGGGGCUAUCCUUUCAACUCUACCGCUCUAUGAUUCCAUGGCAAUAUGGGAAGAGUGUUUCAGCUGCGCCUUAAUCACGAUGUUCCUCUUGUUUCUUUAAACACCCCCAGGGUUAAACCAGGCUAGGAGUCAAAAAUGUGCAGAUGGAGUAUGCAGAAAUCUGAAGGAGUGUUACAGGGAGGAAAAGUUGUGGGGACCAUGCCCUCAGGAUCCGUCCCAGAUCUACUGCUGCUUUUGGUAAGGUGGCUCCCUUCCUCUUCACCAGCACCAUGCCUAUCAUAUUGCGGGGGGCGAAUGAAUCCUAACCUCUCAUAUUUCAGAAUACCUUCACCCUGUUUACCUGUUCCCUUAGGGUAGGCAUCAAGUAUCCACCCAGGAGAAGAUUCGGACGUUUCUGA